AUGGAGAUAUCACCUUGUUUGUUUAAUAUGAUGUCGAUUACAUCUGAUUAUUUUCAACAUUAUUUACAGCCGACAAACACAUGGCCAUUACCAUUUUCAACUUCUCCAUCCUCAAAUUCACUUAUUUGCAAUAAUCAUACACGAAAUAAAUUUCGAACAAAUUUAUCAGCUAAAAUAACACGUUUUUAUAUUGAUGAUAUAUUAGGUAUCUCAAAUGCUCAAAAUACAACAGCUCUUAUAAAUAACAGUAAUAAAUGUGAAGAUAAUGAUAUUUGUCAUUGUUCAACAAAACGUCAAAAAGAUCGAUGUUAUUCAGAGUCGAAUAGUGAUGGUGAUGAACCGCCUAAAAAACGAAAAAAAGCUCGUACAACCUUUACAGGAAAACAAAUAUUUGAACUUGAAAAAAAAUUUGAAGAUAAAAAAUAUCUUUCAUCAACAGAACGAUCUGAAAUGGCGACACUUUUAAUGGUUACAGAAACACAGGUUAAAAUUUGGUUUCAAAAUCGUCGAACAAAGUGGAAAAAACAAGAAAAUAUUUCAAAUGCUGAAGCAGGUACACGAAAAACGUCCACAUCUACAUCAUCAUCAUUAGAUAUCAAUCGUAUAUCAUGUUUUUCAAAAUCAAAUAGAAUAAAUGGCAUAAACAAUACUCGUCGUAGUAGUACUAGCACAAAUAGUACAACAUCAAAUAUUUCAAAUAUUGAUUCAGAAAAUAAUAAUAUACCAAAUUUUUCUUAUCAACAAACAUCAAUUGAUCAAUAUCCUUCUUUUUCAACUGAAAAACAACGAUCUCAACGUCCACGAUCAUUAUCAUUAUCAUCAUCGAACGAGAGUCAUCAAGUACAAUCAACAUUGUCACCAUCAUUAACAACAACAACAACAUGGGAGACUCCAUCGAAAAAAAAUCAAACGAAUGAUUAUUCUCGAUCACCCGACUUAAAACACAGUAUAGUAAAAUCAUCAAAUAAUGAUUGUACAACACUAAAAACUGAUUUUGUAUUAAUUGUCGAUUCUAUAGACAAAACAUCGGUGUAA